CUCCACUCCAACUCUCAUCCAUACAUCAUGUCUCUCCCUCAACCUGUCCCCCCCUCAUGGAAGGAUCUCGGCAAGUCCUCUAGUGACUUGCUCGGAAAAGACUACCACUUCCACGGAACCGCCCUCGAAGUCAAGACACAAACGCCCUCCAACGUCGCCUUCAAGGUCGCCGGUACCCGCGACUCAAAGACCGACGCCAUCCACGGCGACAUUGAAGCCAAGUGGACCAACAAGGCUCAUGGGCUCACUUUCACCCAGGCCUGGACCACCUCCAACGUCCUCCGCAACCAGAUCGAGGUUGAGAACCAAGUCGCCAAGGGCCUUAAACUUGAUCUCCACACUACUCUUUCCCCGGAGAAGGGCCACAAGACUGCUGUUAUCAACUCUGUUUACAAGCAGUCUGGCUUCCAUACCCGUGCUUCUCUUGACGUUUUCAAGGGCCCCACUUUCACUGCUGACACUGUUUUGGGCCGUGAUGGGUUCCUUAUUGGUGCUGAGGCUGCUUACAACGUCACUGAGGGCAACAUUACUCGUUAUGCUGCUGCUCUUGGUUAUAAUGCGCCUGAAUACGCUGUGACCGUUCAUGGUCUUAACAACUUGAAGACUUUUACUGCUAGCUACUACCACCGUGUGAGCCGUGACGUCGAGGCUGGUGCCAAGGCUGUGUAUGACUCCAAGUCUACUCAUGGUGGCGUUGCGCUUGAAGUCGGUACCAAGGCUCAACUUGACUCUUCCGCCUUUGUGAAAGCCAAGAUCAACAACUCUGGUGUCGUUGCUUUGGGUUACACACAGACCCUCCGUCCUGGUGUCAAGGCCUCGUUCGGUGUUGCUCUCGACACGCAAAAGUUGAACGAUCCUUCCCCUGUUGGCCCUUCGCACAAGGUCGGUGUUAGCUUUGUGUUUGAUUCAUGAAUUGGAUGGAGGGUGAGCUGGAAGGUAGUUUUGCGUUGACUUAGAAUGAUGAUGUUGUAUCGUUGUUGAAUGGCGUGAUUACCUUGUGA